AUGUCCACAAACUCCAGCAGCCAUAGUCUUCUGGGACUUCCAGUUGACGUUCUCAUGUGCAUCCUCGAUCACGCAGAACUUUGCGACUUGUACUGGCUCUCACAGACCUGCAAGUCCAUGCACCGCCUGGCAAAGAGGGACUUCCGCACCAUAGUCAACAACGCCAACGCUGAAGACAAGGCCAAGUUCUUGCUUGGUCUCGCAUACGUAUUGCCGGACCACUUCUUCUGUCGGAAUUCCUGUAUGCUUCACACUGUCGACAGCCGUUCUCCCUUAAGAAUGUCUUGUCACUGCCAGGACUACUCGGUCAACCAUAGGCGCAUUUGUGAGGCCAAUUUUGAGUUACGACACCAGGACGUUCAAAUGGCCCUGAAAUACAACCGCCUUGGGGGAUCUUAUAGAGAUGCACUUGCACCUCUCAUGCGAACUCAUUACGAAACACUUUAUAGACGCUCUUUGGGACCGAUUAUACACUCCUCUGCCACGCCCGAGAUCAAGAAUGGCCAUUUUCUCCUACAUGAAAAAUGGAAACUCCAGGCUAGCCUCACUCAAUCUCUCAACCUCAACCGGGUCCGCUCGAAUGUUUACAUCCCUAUCUGCAGCCACAUCCUCAUUUUGGGACGCAGGCCGAGUGUUGAUCCCACUGCGAAGAUCUCGGGUACAGUAUGGGGUUUGGCACGCCUUGCACCGCCGCCUGGAAACCUGGAAGUGGGAAGAAUUUACGCACCUCGUGGUUCUUGCCAAACAUGCUCGACGAGUUACGACUUCAGUGUCUCUGAGGCAAACGGGGUUGUUUUAAACACAACGCACGACUACGGUUCAUUCAAUUCACUGGAUGAGUGGAAGAGACGCAGUCUGGAAACCCCCGUUAUUUGGGCAACAACCACUUUGGACUUUGCUUUCGCUGAGAACGAUACGGGAGAGUUUGAGGAGGUGGUUUUGGAAGAUCGACCGAUGCUUUGGUUUUGA